AUGGUUUUCGGAACAGUGUUCAUAACUUUGAUAUUGGCUGUAUUUACUUACGGAUUUUAUAAAAUUGCCAAGCGUGCUUGGGAAGAUGGAAAACCUUUGGAUUAUAAGAAAGAUAUAAAAUUAACAGGCAAGAUUGUUUUAAUUACUGGUGCCAACUGUGGCCUGGGAAAAGCUACGGCGUUAGAUCUAGCCGCCCGGGGAGCGCGUGUUAUUCUCGCUUGUAGGAACAAAGAGAAAGCUGAAAUAGCGGCCGAAGAAAUAAAAAGUGCAACAGGGAACCAAGAUGUGUCCAUAGUAAUUUUGGAUCUUUCUGAUUUGGAUUCCGUGAAGGCAGCGGCUGAAAACGUUAUCAAAACAUACGAUAGAUUAGAUGUUCUGAUCAACAAUGCAGGAAUUGGAUUAAAUGACCAAGAAACCACAAAGCAAGGGUUUGACAUGAUAUUUGGCACCAACUAUUUAGGUCACUUCCUUUUCACUCAACUUCUUCUUGACCUUCUGAAGAAAUCUACUCCCAGUCGAAUUAUCAAUGUCAGCUCCACACCCUUGGUUGCCCAAGAUACAGCCAAUGAGAAAACAAACGAUGACCAAAAGGAAGAUGAGCAAGAAGAAAAAACGGAAAGUCCCUUAAAACCAGUAGUAGAUGCUUUAACACCUGAAGCUGAAGACAUAUCUAUUAUAAAUAAAUCAGCUUGUGUGGAAAGUUUUUCUGCAAUAUUAGAUGAUAAAAUUAGUGAAUCUUCUCCUGUUAAUGAUGACAUUACAGUUAAUCCAUCUACAACUAUCCCAGAAGAAACUUCAACAGCUAAUGUUGAUGAGUAA